UGAAAAAGUGUAAAGUUCGGGCAAAAUCGAAAGAAAACCCAAACCCAAACGCAAAACACACCUUUGCCAAGGGUAAUUGUGGUGCCCACGAGCGAGAAACGGAGCAGCAGCGAGCGAAAAAACCCAACCCAACGAGCAGCAAUAUUUUUGUGCGAAGAAAAAAUAUCCGAAGGAAAAACCUUAACGUUACCACCUGCUUUGCCUCUACCCCCUUCCAGUGCAUACACAUACACACACCUGUGCACUUAUUCUUUUUACGAAAUCCAAGACGAAGGCCAGCCACCAGCCACCAGUUAGAGCAACAGAAAUCGGCAGAAACCAGCAAAGCAAACAGCAAUCACAUCCAAAUGCGUGAGCCAUCGGUACAUAGAUAUUGAAGAGAGAAUUGCCGAUCAUCGAACGCGUCGUCGAAUAGACGGGCGGACGGAGCGGAGCCGAUUAGUGCAAAGUCACGUCGCAUCAGCCACAAACGCCGCCGAGCAGACGAGCCAGAGCCAUGUCCAUGCGCACUAAGGUGUUGGGCCUGGUAGAUGUGAUGAUGCGGGUGCCGCCCGUGCUGGUCAUCGACGAGAUACUAAAGAUUGGCAUGGGCCUGCCCACACGAUUCUAUCCGGACACCAGCCCGCCGCAGUCGCCAGUCGCAGAGGAUGUGGGUUUUCUAGCCGAUGCAGAUACUCCGGGUGCAGCUGCCGAGGCAUUCGCCACCCUCAAAGCUUUCUUGGGAUUGGGCGAUGAGGCCCAAAGUUCCAUGACCCCCACCGCCAGCCCGCUCGAACAGACCAUCGAUAAUGCCUCCAAAAAGGCGAUGACGAAUGGAAUGCUCAGCACCGGCUUCAACUCCCUCAUGUCCGAGUUGUCGCACGAUGAGACGCUGGCGGAUGUCCUCAGCAUAACGACGGUCAAAUUCAUGAUUUGCCUAUUCGGUUUCCUAUCCGCCGCUUGCAUCUUCAUGCUGUGGACGCGGCACCUGGUGAUGGUGUACAUGUUUCUCACUUCCCUCGGACUCUCGUUCCUCUCCUACUGGUCAAAUGUGAGCGCCCUGGCGCUAAUGGAGCAAAGUCCCUGCAUACUGGAGGACCUGAUGUCUCUGAACACGACGAGAUUACUGGACUCGGGCGGGGUGAUCAUGUCGCUGGCGCCGCACGUCAUGGCGCAGUGGUUCAUGGGCAUGCUCUUUGCAUACAUACACCUGGGACCGAGAUACGAACUGCUGCAGAAGUCGAUGCCCAUCAUAUUCACUAGUCCCAUUCUGAUUGCCAUGCUGCCGCUGCCACCGCAUGUAGUGGAACUUCUGCCCGCGAUAGCCGGCACAGCGCCCGUCAUCCUCACGCUGGUCACGAUGAUGUGCAGCGCCAUGGAGGCCAGUCGCACUGUGUACAAUGGCUACCAAUAUGCCAUGAACUUUGUGUCCAACUUUGGCCUUUCCGCCUUGAUAGAGAACGAGUGGCAGCGACUGAAUGUGCCCAAUGUCCUGCGUGUGUUUUGGACAAUCCGAAUCAUUCAGGGAGGCUAUGCCCUGGCCAUCGCCGAUUCCAAUGAGCCCUUGCAAUUGUUUCCGGCAAUCGAAAAGCUGCUGGUGGAUGGCUGCGAAACACUGACCGCAGUACUGGGCAUGACGGGGGUCAUAUCCAUGAUAUGCCACUACAUUGGCAGAGGCUUUCAGUGGUUUUUGAUGACCUACGACAAUGAUGAGGAGAAAUCGCUGGGCACCGUCUCUGCAGUGCUCUUUUACAUUCUAGCCCUGCAGACUGGACUCACAUCGCUGUCGCCGGAGAAGCGAUUUGUGCGUUUGUGUCGCAAUCUAUGUCUUCUAAUGACCGCCCUGCUGCACUUCUUGCACAACAUCGUCUCGCCCAUACUUAUGUCGUUGAGUGCGGCACGAAAUCCUUCACGUAAACGACACGCGCGGGCCCUCACCGUUUGCGCAUUCCUCGUUGUGACGCCCGUUUCAUUGCUGUACUACUUGUGGUUACAGCGCUCCAUUUCCACAUGGCUGUUGGCUGUCACCGCCUUCUCGGUGGAGGUGAUUGUCAAGGUGCUCGUCUCGCUGGCCACGUACACUCUGUUCUUGCUGGACGCCCGCCGUCAGUUCUUCUGGGAGAAGCUUGAUGACUAUCUGUACUACGUGCGUGCCUUUGGCAAUUCCGUGGAAUUCUGUUUCGGCAUACUACUGUUCAUAAACGGCGCCUGGAUACUGGUCUUCGAGUCGGCCCAAAAUGCUACAGGCGGCGCCAUCAGAGCCAUCAUGAUGUGCAUCCAUGCCUAUUUCAAUAUCUGGUGCGAGGCCCGAGCUGGCUGGUCGGUGUUCAUGAAGCGGCGUUCGGCCGUGCACAAGAUCUCGUCCCUACCGGAGGCAACACCGGCCCAGCUCCAAGCGUUCGACGAUGUUUGCGCCAUUUGCUAUCAGGAAAUGUAUUCGGCCAAGAUUACGCGCUGCCGCCACUUCUUCCAUGGCGUCUGCUUGCGUAAAUGGCUGUAUGUCCAGGAUCGCUGCCCGUUGUGCCAUGAGAUAAUGAUGUACACGGAGAAGGCCGAGGAGAAUGUGCCUGAUGCCGAGCCAGCGGAAGCUGACCAAGCAGAGCGCGUGUAUCCCCGAGACGAUGCGAACAACGCUGGAUCCACACGCCGCUCACCGGAGAGGAGCGUCCCUGCCGAGGCGUCCGAAGCUUCCACAACCGCCUCCACCUCCAAUUCCGCAAUGGUAUAUGCGGAAACCAUUGUCGGGGCAGCAGCCGCUGCUGCUGAGGCACGAACGGCCUCGGUCUCUUCCAGCAGCAGCAAUGCGAGCUACAUCACAGCUUCCAACCAGCCCCCAACACCGUCGGCCACGACAGCGGCGGCGGCUGUGGCCACAGCGGCGGCCAGCAGUACGACGCACAUUUUCCGCGUGACCCAGGACCAACAGUGAGCGAUAAGGGAUUGAUCGGAUCGUGGAUUGCUCGCGUACCUUCUGUCUAUCUGUCUGUCUAUCUACCACUUGAAUUGUUCUGUGUGUUAGUGUACUUAUGUAAAAAAAACGCGAAUCUGUCUAGUGACGAAGAGCUUCUUCAUACCUUUAAAAGCAAUCUAUUCCUAUAACACAAACACACACACACACACUUUUGAUCCUCAUAGGCACACACACACGACAUACAAACACACACACACAUAUAUAUAUAUAUAAAAACAUACAGCCAUGCUUAACUAAAUUAUAUACCAUGCAUAUAAUAGAGAGCUGAUCGAGACGAGAUCGAAAUUGGAAUUAGAGAUCUAUGUACGUUAAGUUUAUGGUAAAAAGUUGAUCCAAAAAUGUUGAAACACACAAAAAAACGUUAGACCUAAGUUCUGCAGCGGAUAAAACAGUGUAAAAAAAACAAAAACAAAA